UUUGUAAUGGCUGCCAAUGAUCUCAAAAAAUACAAAUGUGACCUAAAUAAGUUUACCGUUCCUAAAUUUAUGGACAUUAUUGAUGUCUGGGACCGGACUUUCUUGUUUUUACAGACAUUCAUCUGUCCGUAAGGAUGGGGAUGGUGUCAAAAUUAUAUUUAAUAAUCGGAUGUCUGUCCAUAGUCAAAGGAAGUCCCUUGCUGCUUUUUGCAAAUCGUAAAGAUGUUAGAAUGGUGGACGGGAACAAUUCUCGAGGUAAUUCCACCGUUGUCGCUGGAAACCUCGAGGAUGCAGCAGCAGUGGAUUUCCUUUAUGAGGACAGAUCGGUCUUCUUCACGGACGUCAGCCAGGAAAUGAUCAAAAGGACAUGGUUUAAUGGCUCGGAAAUUACGGUCAAUGUCAUUACAACAGGUCUCAUCUCUCCAGACGGUCUAGCUGUUGAUUGGUUGGGUCGAAAGAUAUACUGGACCGACUCAGAAACUAAAAGAAUUGAAGUUGCCAACUUGGAUGGAAGUUACCGAAAGGUGCUUUAUUGGAACGACCUUGACCAACCAAGAGCUAUUGCACUGGAUCCAUUAAAUGGGUACAUGUAUUGGACGGACUGGGGAGAGACACCAAAAAUAGAACGUGCUGGAAUGGACGGAACCCAUGCACAUCGAUCUGUCAUUAUAAAGGAAAAUAUUCAUUGGCCAAAUGGACUUACGUUAGAUUAUGAAGAUUCACAAAUUUAUUGGGCAGACGCUAAAAAUGCUUUCAUACAUAGUUGUAAAUUCGAUGGUUCUGAUCGCCGUGUGGUCGUUGAAGGGGAACUACCUCACCCGUUUGCCUUGACAUUGUACGAUCGAACGUUAUACUGGACCGAUUGGAAGGAUCGGUCCAUUAAUUCCUGUGAUAAAAUUACCGGUAGUAAUCGGCGAGUUAUACUUAGAGAUAUAUAUUCACCAAUGGACAUCCAUUCAUUUAGUGCCAGAAGACAACCAAAAGAUACAAAUGAGAAUGCCUGUGAUAAACAUAAUGGUGGAUGUUCACACUUAUGUCUUAUGUCACCAGCUCAUCCUUUCUACACAUGUGCCUGUCCCACAGGAAUCAAACUUAAAUUGGACAACAAAACAUGUAAUGAAGGAUAUGAGCAAUUAUUACUGCUAGCCAGAAGAACAGAUUUAAGGAGGAUAUCACUAGACACACCUGACUACACAGAUGUGGUAUUAGAACUCACCAAUGUACAGCAUGCAAUAGCUAUUGAUUUCGACCCCGUGGAUAACCAAGUAUAUUGGACUGAUGAUGAGGUUCAUGCUAUUUGGAGGGCCAAUAUUGAUGGAACAGGUCAGGAGAAGGUUAUUGACAACCACUUGAUGCAUCCUGACGGUAUUGCAGUGGAUUGGAUUGGUCGGAAUUUGUACUGGACAGACACAGGCACAGACAGAAUAGAAGUCUCUAGGUUGAAUGGAACCUCUCGUAGAGUUCUGUUAGCUGAAGAUUUAGAAGAACCAAGGGCAAUAACUCUUGAUCCAAUCUCAGGGUACAUGUACUGGACAGAUUGGGGAAAGAAACCAAAAAUAGAACGAGCUAACAUGGAUGGUUCUGGUCGGUUGGCUCUGGUAAACUCAUCAUUAGGUUGGCCUAAUGGGAUCGCAGUAGAUCAUGCUGAGAUGAAGAUAUACUGGGGGGAUGCUAGUCUUGAUAAAAUAGAAGUGGCAAAUUAUGAUGGGACAGGGAGACGUGUACUAGUCAAUCAAAAUCUACCUCAUUUGUUUGGAUUUAGUUUGUUAGGUGAUUACAUUUAUUGGACUGAUUGGCAGAGACGGUCAAUAGAACGUGUUAAUAAACGGUCAGGCAUUGAUAGGAAGACCAUUGUUGACCAACUGCCUGAUCUAAUGGGGCUUAAGGCAGUCAACCUAGUCAAAAUUGAAGGCACCAACCCAUGUGCUCACAACAAUGGAGAAUGCAGCCAUCUUUGUCUAAUGACCCCUAAUAAAUCAGUAUGUGCUUGUCCAAUGGGGCUAGAGCUCAGUGGUAACAGUAAGACAUGUAUAAUACCCGAGGCCUUCCUAAUAUUCAGUGGUCAGCAGAACAUCAAGAGACUGUCGCUGGAAUCCAAUCACAGAAUCCGACCGAUUCCGAUCCGAGGGAUCAAAGAAGCUCCUAUUGCCAUUGAUUACGAUAUUAAUGACAAUAGGAUCUAUUGGACAGACGCAACAGAGAGGACAAUAAGCCGAGCUUUUAUGAAUGGUAGUGCUGUAGAAAAGGUGAUUCAAUAUGGUUUGGAGUAUCCAGAGGGCAUGGUGGUAGAUUGGGUGGCUAAAAAUAUCUAUUGGGUAGAUACUGGGUCUAAGAGGAUCGAAGUGGCCAGGACUGAUGGUACAUCGCGAAGAGUUAUUGUUUGGAAAGAUCUACAUCAGCCAAGAGCUUUAGCUAUUGAUCCAGCUAAUGGGCACAUUUACUGGACUGACUGGUCAGAACCAGCAAGGCUUGAGAGAGCAGCAUUAGAUGGGACAGGGAGACAGGUGGUUGUUGAGGAUAUUGGCAAAGUUCAUGCUGUGACUAUAGAUUUCACAGAGAAAAAGAUCUUCUGGGCAAGCAUCGACAAAGCCAUGAUUGAAUCUGCCAAUAUUAAUGGAACAAACAGAACUCAGAUCAUUACUAAGCAGGUACCCAAACCUAUGGGUUUAACAUUGUACAAUGACUUCAUAUUCUGGGCUGACUGGGAGCAGCAGACGGUCGAGAAAGCUAACAAGACCAAUGGAAACAACCGUACCACACUCAGAGAUCACAUGGGUGUUGUCAUGGAUAUAUUGGUCUAUCAUUCUUCAAGACAAGCAGGAACCAACAGUUGCCAUGACAAAAAUGGAGGAUGUUCCCACUUGUGUUUGGCACAUCCUAUAGAAGAUGGUAAAAAUCUGAGUCAUCACUGUGCUUGUCCAACUCACUACAAAUUGAAUGCUGAUAAUAAAACUUGCUCAGCUCCAAAGACUUUCCUUCUGUUUAGCCAGAAAAAUGUGAUUAGUCGAUUAGUGAUUGAUAACGAUGAUGUUGACCCACAGACCCCAGAAGUAGUGUUACCUAUUCCUCAUUUAAAAAAUGUGAAAGGACUAGCCUACGAUCCAGUCGAUCAUUAUAUAUACUGGAUAGAAGGGAAACAAAACAAUAUAAAACGGUCAACAGAUAACGGUACCAAUGUGCAAGUGAUAGUUCGUAAUGAUAAUGAGGCUUACAAACCGUACGACAUGGCCAUCGAUCCAUACUCUAGAGUCAUUUACUGGACGGAUGCCAAGAGAAAUGUUAUAAAUAUCACAAGGCUAGAUGGUACAUCUCUGGGUGUGGUAAUUGAAGGAGAGAAGGAGAAACCAAGAUCUAUUGUACUUAAUCCACUCAAAGGACACAUGUAUUGGGUGAACAUGGUACAGCCUCCAACAAUUGAUAGAGCAGCCAUGGAUGGUACAGAAAGAAUGACAUUGUUCUCCAAAGCUUUAGGAAAACCGGGUCCACUAGCAGUGGAUGUUCAGAACUCAAGAUUAUAUUGGGCAGAUGGAAAUCUUAAUCGAAUCGAAUGCUCUGACCUUUCCGGUGGCAAUAGAAUAGUUUUAGUUGAUGGUCAGAUUGCUAGUCCGAAAGGAAUGGCCGUUCUAGGCAAAUAUUUGUACUGGAUUGACAGGGAUCAUAUGCUAAUGUCCAGGGCGGACAAAUUAAACGGAAAGGACCGUACUUACAUACAGGGUCGCUUAAAAGGCCUUAGUGACCUUCAUGUCGCAUUGAACGUGUUGCCAAAACAUAUGGAACAUCCGUGUGCACAUAACAAUGGAGGUUGUUCACAUAUCUGUGUUGCUAAAGGAGACGGCAGUUCGCGUUGUGCUUGUCCCACUAAUUUAGACCUUAAAGACGACUUGAAAAUGUGUGCCGAUCCUCCUACAUGUUCUCCUGAUCAGUUUGCUUGUGUGAGUGGAGAUAUACAUUGUAUUCCACGCUCUUGGCGCUGUGAUAAAUCUGAGGAAUGUUCAGAUGCAUCUGACGAAUCAAAUUGUCCCAUUUGUCAUGCUGAUCAGUUUCGUUGUAAUGAUAAUCAUUGUAUUGAUCAGAGUUCAGUGUGUGACGGGACGCCACAGUGUCAUGAUCAUAGUGACGAGGAGCAUUGUUGUUUGGAGGGGGAUACAAUGUGCCCUCAUACGACCCCUCCCCAUUCAUGUAAAGGGCCGAACUGCCCAGGAACUAAAGCAUCAUCCAAUCCAUCCACAGCUCAUUAUACUAUUAUCAUAGUCAUCGGCCUUAUUGUUCUUGUGUUAAUUCUAGGAAUCAUUUUCGCUUGCAAGAGGAAGUCGCAGCCACCGGGAGUGAUAAUUUAUGAAACUGAUAUGAGUGUUGUUAAACCAUUAACAGCUCAGACGACUUUAAAUUCAUUAUCAUCGCAUGGGAAAUCUCAUGAAACAGGAUUGUCGCUUGGCUCUGUCGGGACUACUGGCAUUUACGACAGAAAUCAUGUGACCGGUGCUUCCUCUAGUAGUUCUACAGUGACACAAUAUCCGCAUGAGACAUUGAAUCCCCCUCCUAGUCCGGUUACAACAGAUAGGUCUGUGUGUAAUGGGGAAUUCUAUGGAUAUUCAUCUAACAGCCCAUCAACUGUCAGGUCGUAUCGACCUUAUAAGCUCCGCCCAGUGCCACCCCCACACACAACGCCGUGUAGUACAGACGUUUGUGAGGAAAGUGAACCGUAUCCGUAUAAUGUGCGGACUAAGAAACAUAAAUCGAAACGUUCUAUAAUGGAAUUGUUUUCAGACUAUGACCCUUAUCCUCCGUGUCCUACCCCACGGAGCCAUUACUUCUCAGACGAUAUGAUUAGUUGUCCCCCAUCACCAUCGACAGAAAGAAGUUUUUCAAAUCCAUAUCCCCCGCCCCCAUCGCCAGUGGCUAAUUCUGAUUGCUAGAGUUUGUUAGUAUGUGUGUUGAGUGUUUGGUAUGGGUGGGUGUUAUAAGACUGAGUGUGUGUGUGUGUGUGCUUGUAUGAUACGGAUGAAAGUGUUAAAACAAUGUCAGCAUUAUCUAGAUAUAUUGUUAGAACUUGUACUUGGCUUUAUUUUUAUGUUGUUUGAUAUAGAUAUAUAUUACAUUUACAAAUUGUAUUCUAACAAUUAAUGAAGAAUUUAAUUACAAUAUUAGAAAACAUUAUUGAAAAAUUCUGAUGUUGAAUUUUGACAGUGAACCAAAAAAAUAUUUAGGAUAUACAUGUAUAAAUAUGACAUUUUAGUUAAACAUGAGAAGGAAAUUGGUUUUAUGAAGUUCACCUGCAUAACUGACAAAGUGCUCAAAUUUAAGUUGUUAGGUGAGGUAUAGGGGCAGGUUCUCUUUAUAAAAAACUCUCUCUUCCUGUUUUUACAUUGUGCUAGGUUUAUAAGAUAUAAUACUAUUAUUGUUAGGCCAGUUUGAAAAAGAUUUCUAGAUUCUCUAUCCAACACUCUUUGAAAUUGGCCCUGUUUUGAUAAUAUCUUUUAUUUUUUCAUCAAAGUGGCUGAAGUUUGUUGCUUUAAAAAAAAAUAGAUGUAUUCAGAUUUACACUUUUGAAUCGGUUUACUUUUAUCUUUUUGGAUAAUUUAGAAUUUUCUAAUUUUUUCUUGGUGUUAUCUAAGGGAGAUAACCAGAGAAAAUUUUGGAUUACAAAAAUUCUUGUCUUUUAAUGUAGUCAGAAAUUCUCUUGUGUGUUUUGAUUAUUGUUAAGUAAUAAUAAUAUAUUUGUGUCAAUUGUAAAAAAGUUAAAUUUGGAUUGUUAACUAUUUUAUCUACACAUCUGACUUCAUGCUGCAAAAAAAAAAAGGAAACAAUAUUUUGCAUAUCCAAAUUUAGAACUAGUUGAACGAGAAUCUAGGAAAUAUUUUUUUAUGGUCUCAAUGCUACAUAUUGUAACAUCAUAAUAUUCAUUGCAACACUUGUAUCAGUUCACUUAAUAUUAGAAAACUGUGCUACCGCUUUACAUGUAUGUUAAUUUUGGUGCUCAACAUUUUUAGAUAUGGGCAUUUUAUAAACAAAAAAAUAAAGCCAUGUAUUAGAUGUUAUUGUAUAAAAAUGAUAUUUAUACAGUGUACAAUAUGUAUAUAAAGGUCAAAUGGUCAACAGUCACCAAUCACUAAUACAAGAUUUUUGCAUUCACAAAGUUCCAAACAUGCCAAAUGUAAUUAUUGCAUUCACAAAGUUUCAACAGUAAUCAAGGCAUUUUGAAUCUUAACAUUAAGCUUUCACAAAAUUUCAAAGGUGAACAAAGCAUUCACAAAGUUUCAAAUGUAAAACAAAGCAUUCACAAAGUUUUAAAUGUGAACAUAGCAUUCACAAAGUUUAAGAUGUGAAUAUGGCAUUCUCAAAGUUUUAGAUGUGAAAAUAGCAUCCACAAAGUUUUAGAUGUGAACAUAGCAUUCACAAAGUUUCAACUGUUAACAUAGCAUUCUCAAAGUUUAAAAUGUGAACAUAGCAUUCACAAAGUUUAAAAUGUUAACAUAGCAUUCUCAAAGUUUUAGAUGUGAACAUAGCAUUCACAAAGUUUUAAAUGUUAACAAGGCAUUCACAAAAUUUCAAAAGUGAAUAUAUAGCAUUCACAAGAUUUCAAAUUUUACGUUAAGCAUUCAAAACAUUUCAAAUUUGAACAUAGCAUUCACAGUCUGAAAUGUAAACAUUGUAUUUAUCAUAUUUAUAAAAUAAGAAAAUAAUAUUUCAAUUAUUUCACAUGUGAAAAGACAGUCCAUUACUAACUAUGAAAACUCCAAAUUGACAAAGUGAUCAUUUUUGUUUUUCAAGGUUAAUAGUUGGUAUGUUUUAUUAAAAUUAAUGCUCUAACAGGCAACUUUACAGAAAAAAUAAUCUGAAUUGCAUUCUAUAUAUUUGUAUAGGGCUGAUUUAUAUGGGUCAUUGAUUAUAGGGCAAAUAAACUGUUUUGAACUGUAGGUCCUGUUGAAUUAGAUACACUAGGCUUCAAUCUUAAAAUUGUAUCAUUAAUUGGUGACUUUUGAUCUGUGUACAUUUUGUAGAUAGAGCUAUGUGUAACCAGGGCACAACUGCCAAAAAUAUCUUGUUGUUUUGAGUUGAUUCAUUAAGUUCAUGACCUUGUUAACCAUUUUUUUUAUGUGGAAAUGGCAGAAAUUUUAUCUCCUUCAUGUAAUCGUGGUAAUGUUGUGAUAGGAGAAAUAAAAAAAAAUGGUACUAAAGACUUAUGCUAUUGCUAAAUAUAUAUAUGUGUUUUAAGCUGGAUGAUUUCCUAAAAGGGAUUGUUAAUGUUAUUCUAUGAAAUCCUAUUUUUAAAUCUCAAAUUUAUAAAAUUACCGGUCAUUCAGUAUAAAAAUCAUUGUUUUGAAUAAUUGAUUGUUUUGUUAAUUUCAAAUCAUUGGUCUUGUGUCGGAAAUACUUAUUUGAAAAAGAUAACAAUCCCUUUUAAAUUUUCGAUGGUAGGAGUUUUCUUGUAUCUCUUUUUCUAUUCUCGAUCUCGCUCCACUCUUUCUUCGUUUUGUUUUUGUUGUUUUGUGUUUGUUUACACAAAGGGAAGAUUUCCCUUACGAUUAUAGAACUUUUUAAAAAGUUUCCAAAUUUUUACUAGAAAUACUUUUUUGUUAUUGAGUUUUGAAAUUUUUUAUUGCAUGCUGUUUGUAAUCUUAAAAAGAUUUAAAAUGUUUUGAAGAUUACACAUUUUAUGGAGCAAAGAUGCCAUUUUUCUUUUUUAAUGAAAAAAAAAUAGUAGUUUACAACAAAUAUUUAUAUAUUUACAAUUCUUAGAAUUUGUUUUUGUGUGAUACUUAUUUUAUAUUGUGAUCGAAAUACAAAUUAGUGCUGAAAAAUAACAAUGGAAGGUUGUCAUGCUUCAUUUUUUUUAUAUGAGAAAUAUUUUGUUGUUUUAUAAAAUUUUUAGGUACAAUAUUGUUACUGACUAUUAUUUUAAAGGUUGUUUUUGAAAUUACCAGAAUUGAGCUGCCAACAUCUUAGGAAAUGUAAAGACUUUCUGGGCCUUGGAUUAUAAAAAUUUACUCAAUUCUCGAAAAAUUUGUGCUGUAAAAUCCAGUAUUCUGAUUGGUUAAUUUCUAAGUCUAAGAAUCGGUCUUGAAAGUUUAAAGACCACAAGGCCUUAUUAUGACUUCAUAGAAGACUUAUUUCUUUGUUAAAACAUUAAAACAUCAAAUAAUUAAAUUUUCCAUGUCAGAGCAUGGUUUCUUUUUUUAAGAAUAACAAGUAAUUUUGAUAAUGACUUUGCAAAUGUCAUCCUUAAAGUUCAUGUAAUAUUUUCCACUGGACAUUAAGAGAACUACAAUCCAUCUUUACAUGAUAAAAUAGAUAAAAUAACAAUGCCAUAAUUUAUUGUUUACUGUAUGCAUUGUUAAAGAGUUGUGAUUAUUUUCUUCUAAGAUUUUUUGUGAAAUAAGUUACUACAUGUACAAAGAUGUGGCUGUUGAAUUCUGGGAAAUGCUGUGCAUUUAAAACCAAGUUUUAGAAACUUCUCUGUUUUGUUUUUUUUUAAUUGUGAAGGUUGACUAUAAAUGAACAAUAUAUUGUGUGUGUUUAAUUAAUUUCAUAAAUAAAAUAAAAUACAUGUAUGAAGAUGUCUAUACAUGUACCUCUACUUAAUUAUAUAAGGUGAACAAAGUUUUAAAGUAACUCAGGAAUUUUGUUUAUGUAGCCCUGGAAAAUUCUGUAUCUGGAAAUUGUUACAACAUUGGUAUUUUAUUCUUAUAUUCAAGGACAUCUAAAGGUGUUUUAAAAAGGGGAUAGGGGUGAUAGAUUUAGAGUACAGAAUAAAUUGUUCAGUUCAAAUUUUGUUAUUUAAGGACAUUUUUGUUUUGUUUCCUAAAAUCAUGAAAAUGCUUGAUGAGAAAUUAAUGUUAGAACUUCAUUCAGUUUUAUUGACAUAUAUAAUAUGACAAAAUUUUAUGUUAUCUGUUGUAUUCAAUUUUAUAACCUCCCUUUGAAAAGGUAUGCUGGGUUAAUAGUUUAUAUAAAAAGGUACUAAUAUUUUCUAGGGCUUCAUAAGGUCAUUAUUCAAAUUGAUUUGAAUAUUCAUAUCCACCUUAUACUAGUAGAUAUUAUAAUUUAUAUGAAUAUUCAUGCUCAAUUAUCAUGUGUUAUAUGAAUAUUCAUGUUCAAUAAUUAUCAUUUGUUAUAUGAAUAUUCAUGUUCAAUAAUUAUCAUUUGUUAUAUGAAUAUUCAUAUUCAAUAAUUUUCAUUUGUUAUAUGAAUAUUCAUGUUCAGAAAUUAUUAUUUGUUAUAUGAAUAUUUAUGUUCAGUCUCAUCAUUUAGUUUUAUGUACAGAUUUUUAAGACGAGAAUUUGUUCUGUGUCAUUGCUUUAUUCAUAUUGUAUGUUCUCUAGGUAUGUGUUUAUAUACUAUUUAAGGGGAUACCCCAGAUCUGAUUUUGUGCUAUUUUUAAUUAAACGGGUAAAUGUAAAUUUUUUAAUUUAAUUAUCAUCAGAUCUGAUGCAGUAGGAGGCUGGUUGUCAUGUUGUGAAUUUCAGACUCUAAUUAGGGUUGAUAAUCAGGAAAAUCAUGAUAGUAUGAAUGAAACUGGAGAUUGUGGUGAAAAUUUUAAGAAUUUAAUUAAAAUUUAGGUUAAAUUAAAUUUAAGUCAAAAUUUUAGAUUUAACAAAACACUAGGUCAAAUUAAAUUCAAUCCUAAGAUUUAAGUCAAUAUUUUGAAUUUUAACAAAGAUUUAGGUAAAAAUAUGGUAUGAAGUAUGCUUUAGUUUUUAACUAGAUCAAAUUCAAGCUAACAUGUGGAUAAAAAUUGUGAAAUGGUGAGUAAAAGUCAGAUGUGAAGUCCACAGCUUAUUUGUCUUUUUGGAAAGACAAAAUCAUUGAAGUUUUUAAAUCUUUGUUAUUUAACCAGUAUAUUUUGUAAAAAUGAACUUUCUAAAGUAUAAAAAAAUAAUUGUUUAACAAUAGACAAACCAGCCUUGUACUGUAUAUAUCCCUACACUGGCCAGUAGAACUUCUACACACAUGGUAUAUUCAUUUAAAAGUUAUUUUAGUUAAAUUGGAAAAAAAGUUUAAAAAAAUUGUUAGAUGCAUAAUAUCCAGAGUUGAUACUCCAAAAAUAUAAUAUUUUGUUAGAAACGAAAAACGAAACAAGUGGAUUUUUUUAUUUCCGACUAACCAACUCUAUAUUAUAGAUGAUAGAGGAAGGAAACAUGCAUAUUUUUUUAUUGUUUUUUUUUUAACUCAAGUUUAGAAGGUAUUUAAAAAAUUGACAUUUUAAUAUUUUUAAACAUUUAAUUGUAAUCAUUCACAUUUCAAUGGAAGAUUUGUGUAAACCAUUAUGAAUACCCAAUUGCAGUCCAAUGUUGACAUUUGAAAAAAAAUUAAUUGAUACAUGUACAAAUUUUCCAAUUUUGUGGUAUUAUGUAGGUACAUGUUUAUUUGAAUUUUUUCUAUGGUUAACCAUGUGUGUAGGGGUACCCAGUGUUUGUUAGCAUGUAAUGCUUGUUAAUGUGCCUUAUAAACUAUGUGCUGUACUAUACUGCUUAUCAUAUGGGCUAUAUAGAGCCAAAACAACAAAUAAAUAGAACAAUAUUAUA